AUGGCGUGGGCUCAUGCCAGCCCCAAUGUGGUUGGCGUCCAUUACCGCGUCGGCAAGCGGGUCGGCGAGGGAAGCUUUGGUGUUAUUUACGAAGGCACCAACCUUCUCGACAACAGGCCGGUGGCUAUCAAGUUCGAACCGCGAAAGAGCGAGGCGCCCCAGCUCCGCGACGAGUAUCGUAGCUACCGGAUUCUGUCUGGCACAGAUGGCAUCCCCAAUGUCUACUACUUUGGCCAGGAGGGCCUGUACAACGUGCUCUGCAUCGAUCUGCUGGGCCCUAGCCUCGAGGAUCUGUUUGACAUGUGCAGGCGGCGCUUCUCGGCAAAGACUGUGGCGAUGCUGGCCAAGAACAUGCUGACACGCAUCCAGGCUGUGCACGAGCACAACCUCAUCUACCGCGACAUCAAGCCCGACAACUUUUUGAUCGGCCGGCCGCACACAUCGACGGCGAACAAGGUGUUCAUGGUUGACUUUGGCAUGGCUAAGCAGUACCGUGACCCACGCACACACCAGCACAUCCCCUACAGGGAGCGGAAGAGCCUGAGCGGCACCGCGCGCUACAUGAGCAUCAACACCCACCUGGGCCGCGAGCAGUCGCGGCGCGACGACCUGGAGGCCCUGGGCCACGUGUUCAUGUACUUUUUGCGCGGCAGCCUGCCGUGGCAGGGCCUGAAGGCCGCCACCAACAAGCAAAAGUACGAGAAGAUUGGCGAGCGCAAGCAACACACGCCGGUGCGCGACCUGUGCGAGGGGUAUCCACAAGAGUUCGCCACAUAUCUGUCGACGGUCCGGAAAUAUGCCUUUGAGGAGACCCCUGACUACAACUACCUGCGCGGUCUGUUUGACAGCACCGACGACGGCGUCUACGACUGGAUGCUGCUGAACAACGGCUACGGCUACGCUGCCAGCUCGGCUGCGGUGUCGGCUGCGCGCCAGGAGGGCGGCGGCCACCGCGGCGGGCGCAUAUCCGGCGCCUAUAAGGCCCAGAACCAGAACCACGUGUCGAAUCAGGCCAUGCACAGCUUUGACCCCAACGGCCGCGUCCAGUCGACUCCCAACCUGGACCAGUCGGCCACGCCGACCCCUGGCAAGGUGUCGCGCGACCAGGUCAACAACACCACCCCGGCUGCCGAGGCCAAGCCCACCGACUACCAGAAGCUUGGCAAUGGCGGAUACGCGCAGCAGGCUGGCAAGGCCGGCAACGGACUCAACCACCAUUCGACUGACGCUGCGGUGAUGAACGCGCAGGGCACCGGCCUCCGCCACCACGAGUCGAACGAGAAGCACGGCUUCAUGUUUAAGAUCAAGUCGGCGUUUGGCUGCUGCUCGUCAAGCAGCGUCUAA